AUGCGCGCUUCUUCUCUCAUUCCAGUGCUUUCGAUAAGCCUUGUGUUGAAUAUUGUAGGUGUGAUCGCGACACCAUUGUCACUGGAGGAGAACGAACUCGAAAAGCGAUGCGCAAACUCAUGUGGCUACAACGGUUGGCUGUGCUGCUCCUCCAGCCAGACUUGCAGUGAAAACAGCGCCGGUGAAGCAGUUUGCUUAGACUCGACCGACGGCUGGGAAUACUACACAACAACCUAUGUGGUGACUGAAGCCGAAACCGUGACGGUCACUUCGGUCUGGAGUAGUCAAGUCACAACAGCGGCAGCCACCACCACCACAAUGACCUGCAGACUCAACCUCGGUGAAUCAACGUGCGGCACAACCUGCUGUGACGCAGCGCAAGAGUGUCAGGAUGGGGUAUGUGUCGCGGAGAGCUCCUCGGCUGCGAUCACGGGCGAGGCUACUCCCGGUGUACGACAGACAAGUAACGGCGCUUCUACUGCAACUGCAACUGCUGCAGCUACUACUACCGAGGCAUUCAUCGCUCCGGUUGGAACAGACGGUGCCGAGCUAAUCGGAGCCAAAGCAGCCACACACAGUGGUCUGAGCGGCGGUGCCAUUGCAGGAAUUGUUAUCGGUGUCAUUGCAGGUGUCAUCUUGCUGCUACUUCUCUGUGGCUGCUUGUGUUUCAGAGGUGCUUUGUUAGGUCUUCUUGCUGCACUGGGUCUUCGCAGUCGCCGCCGAACGGAGGAGACAGUUGUCGAAGAACGCUACUCUCGUCACUCAUCAGCCGGUACUCGCCCUCGACCUCGCCCUGCAGGCCGCACUUGGUUCGGUACGAGGCCAUCAGGAACUGUCAGCGAGAUUAGCGAGAAGAAGAAGAAAUCAGGUGGCGGUUUAGCAACCGUAGCUAUUGUCUUAGGUGCUCUGGCUCUAUGUCUAGGAUUGAGGAGACACAAUAAAGAAGAGCACCACGAAGACGACAGGACCGAUUACACGUAUCCAAGUUCGUACUACUACUAUUCAGAAUACACAGCCAGUGAGUACUCCCAUCAAACACUCGAUAAAACAAACCCAAUCCUGACUUUUACAUCUAGGUAG